AUGAUUCAGCUGACUAGUGUUACUUUCAUAGACUGUCAAAAUAUCACCAAGCUGAAAAUACAUUUAUCUGAUAGCAUUAAUCCGAGCCUGAUCAUAUCGAACGAUAGUAUCUAUCUAUCUAUCUAUCUAUCUAUCUAUCUAUCUAUUUUCUGGUGGCGUCCUUCUGGUAAGUGUGUGCAAUCAUUAUCUAUCUAUCUAUCUAUCUAUCUAUCUAUCUAUCUAUCUAUCUAUCUAUCUAUCUAUCUAUGUCUUUUCAUUUCUAUCUAUCUAUCUAUCUAUCUAUCUCAGUUUAUUCAUUUCUGUCUAUCUAUGUGCGCUGUUUGUUCUUUCUGUUUGGAAAUUCUUUUGGAAGUCGGCCAUGUGAAUAUUCAGACACACACCUGUGUCCGGAGAUCAGCCACAGCAGCCCCACUCGACGAUUUCAAAGACUCCCUCCCCACUUUCAUGUUUGGACGUUUCUCAGCCGUGGUUUCAGAUUUUAGUCGGACCACUUGA